AACAAUCACAAAUUUUUUGUUUUUUUGUUUGGUUAAGUAGAGACCCUUGCUUCCUUCUCUCUCUGCUUACGAAAAAGCUAUCACCUUUGCUACUACUACUACUACUUACUGUUACAUUCAAUCCUUUGUGUUCUUCGUCGUUCUUGCGUUUCAGGAAUCUUAAUCUGAAUCUUCUGCUACUUUUUCUUACAUGCCGUCGAUGAUUGUUGACAGGAAAAGGAAGUCACGCGGAGAACGAGAACGAGAUGUAGCUGAGAUUCUUAGGAAAUGGAGAGAGUACAACCAGCAGACCGAGACAGAUUCUUGCAUCGAUUGUGGUGUUCCUAAACCAAUCCGAAAGGCUCCUGUUAAAGGUUCCAGAAAGGGUUGUAUGAGAGGUAAAGGAGGACCUGAAAAUGGGAAUUGUGAGUAUAGAGGAGUUAGACAGAGGACUUGGGGUAAAUGGGUUGCUGAGAUCCGUGAGCCUGGCAAAGGUGGUAGGUUAUGGCUCGGUACUUUCUCUACUUCACAUGAAGCUGCAUUGGCUUAUGACGAGGCUGCCAAAGCUAUGUAUGGUCACUCUGCCCGGCUCAAUCUUCCUGAUUUCACUACUAAUGGCUCUUCUUCUACUGCCGCCACUGUCUCUGGCUCGGUCACUGCAUUUUCUGAUGAAUCUGAAGUUUGUGCACGCUAUGAUACAAAUGUGAUAUCUGGUUUUGGUCAGGUGAAACUAGAGGGUAGUAGCGAUGAAUAUGUUACCUUUGAUAGUUCUCAGUGUAUUGAAGAGAAGCUGAACGUAAAAGAGGAAGAGAGGGAACCUAACUCGGUUGAUGCUUUUGGAACUGGACAGGAAUCGAAAAAAGAGACCUUAGAUGAUUGGUUAAUGGGAAAUGGCAAUGAUCAAGCACCAUUCCGAUUUGAUGUGGACGAAACAUUUGAUAUCAGUGAGCUGUUGGGUAUACGAGAUGACAACAAUGCGUCUGGUCAAGACACUAUGCAGUGUCAAGUUAAUAGAAAGCCAAACUUCAGUGACCAAAUGCAGUUUCAAGAUGCUAACUUGCCCGAGAGCCUCAACCCCAUGGAGAUUGCUAAUCCUGAAGUUGAUUAUGGAUAUCAUUACACGCAUCAGAGUGAAAUGGAGAACAAUGGUAUUGGUUUAUACCAUCGCAGGUUCCAGGAUCUUGACGUACAGGAGGACUUGGAUUUUGGAGGGGGGAAAGAUGUUCAUGGUGCUACAUAAGAUCAUAAAUUCAUAUGACUGGCCUAAGAUUGUGAUUCUGCUCCGAGACUGUCUAGCCGUUACUGCUGACUCUCUUUGAAGCUGCUGAUGAUACUUUCUGAUGUUAAUGGUUUUGAUGCAUAGUAAAUGUGGUUAGGUGACGUAGGAGAAGUUCAAUAUGAUUCCUUCUUUCAAAGUGUGGAUUUAUAGGAAGUUUUAAUAAAUUAAAAGUUGGGGUACAUAUAAAGCCUAUAAA